UCUAUAACUCUCUGAAGCAGGUUUAGGGUUUCUUCCAGUAAUCGAAGUCUCCUCCUUCGGCCGCCUGAGCAAACCAGAACUCGUGCUCUCUUCAGAAGUUCUAAUCAUGGCGGAACAGACCGAGAAGGCGUUUUUGAAACAACCCAAAGUUUUUCUCUGCUCCAAAAAGAUUGGGAAGGGAAAGCGACCUGGAAAGGGCGGGAACCGUUUCUACAAGAGUAUUGGAUUAGGAUUCAAGACGCCUAGGGAAGCCAUUGAAGGAACGUACAUUGAUAAGAAAUGCCCCUUCACUGGAACUGUCUCUAUUAGGGGCCGCAUUUUAGCUGGAACUUGCCAUAGUGCUAAGAUGGUCAGAACCAUUAUUGUCAGGAGGAACUACCUACAUUAUGUCAAGAAGUAUCAGAGGUAUGAGAAAAGGCACUCCAACAUUCCUGCCCAUAUUUCUCCUUGCUUUCGUGUGAAGGAGGGAGAUCAUGUUAUUAUUGGCCAAUGCAGGCCAUUGUCGAAGACAGUGAGGUUCAAUGUGUUGAAGGUUAUUCCUGCAGGAUCCUCAACUGGGAAGAAAGCGUUUGCUGGAAUUUAAAUUAUGUAGGCUUCUGCUUUUGAUACAAAAACAGCAUGAAAGAACUAUUUAGAGUUGUUGUAGGCCAUAUUUGAUUCAAGAGGGUUUUGAAGACUUGGCAGUCUGGAUUUUGAUAUCAAUAUGGACUGUUUUAUUCUGUUCUUUUUGUUUUCAUGUCCCGUCUUAUUUCUAGUAAAUUUCGGGUUUUGAAGUACCA